AUGAACGGGGAUGAUAUGGUACUGGAAUGUCUUAACAAACAACAGGAAAGUCUGAACAUGAGUCAUCGAGGUCUAGUUGUUUUGCCACCUGGUGUUUCGAGACUUAUUACAUUGAAAAAACUCUUUCUGAACAACAAUAAGCUCAUUUUACCACCAGACGAGAUUCUGCAUCUGGAAAAGCUUGAAGAACUGACACUGGAUAGAAACCAGCUGACCAUACUUCCUGGCAACAUUGGAUCACUGAAACACCUGACUUACCUGGGCGUGAACCACAACCCAUUAUCUGUUCUCCCAGAAGCCAUAGGUGACCUGAGACAACUGAGAGAGCUCUGGGCUGUAGGAUGCGGUCUUGUCUCCAUACCAUCGUCUGUUGGUAAACUCGGCAUGUUAGAGAAACUUGGGCUCCAUGAUAAUAAAAUUACACACCUGCCAUCACAAUUUGGGGGCCUCAGCAGUUUGCAAUGGUUAAACUUGGCUGAUAAUAAACUUCAAGACCUCCCAGAAGAUGUUAAUCACUUACAGUCAUUGGUCUUCAUGAACCUGGACAAGAACUGUUUUACAAACAUCCCUACAGCACUAACAGACAUGGCAAAUCUGCAGAUCUUGUCUGUUAAAUUUAACAGCAUCAGAUCACUGGAGGAUUACUUAAUCCCUGGUUUCAGCAGACUUAUAAAGCUUGACCUCAGAGAAAAUCCUUUCAUGGACAGACCACCUCACUGGAAGGGAUUGGAUUUUAUAUUGUUGGGAAAAGUCUGAAGUGCUGAAGAAGAUU